CAGACACCACCACCUUUGUCUACUCCUCCCUUCGUCGAAUCUCUUCUUCCUCUUCUUUCACAGAUCUAAAAAUCCCGUGAACCAAAUAAAACAAUCCGACUCCGUUUCCGACGUAGACGAAGAAUCUUCCUCCGUAGAUCUAGCGAAGAAAUCUCCCAACGAUUUUGGGGGGGGAGAUGGCGCCGAGUAUUCGAAAAGCGAUCGGAGCGGUUAAGGACCAGACGAGCAUCGGGAUCGCCAAAGUAUCGAGCAACACGGCUCCAGACCUCGAAGUAGCCAUCGUGAAAGCCACUAGCCACGACGACGUUCCCGCCAGCGAGAAGCACAUCCGCCAGAUCCUAAACCUGACCUCCCUCUCCCGCGGCUACGUCCUCCCCUGCGUCGCCUCCGUCUCGCGGCGACUGGGGAAAACGCGCGACUGGGUCGUCGCUCUCAAGGCCCUCACCCUCGUCCACCGCCUCGUCGUCGAAGGAGACCCUCUUUUCCAAGAAGAGAUUCUCCUCCACUCCACGAGACGACGUGGCACGAGAAUGCUCAACAUGUCCCAUUUCCGCGACGAGGCGCAUUCGAGCUCGUGGGACCAUUCGGCUUUCGUUAGGACUUAUGCUUGUUAUUUGGAUCAGAUGCUCGAGUUAGCUUUGUUCGAGAGGAAGAGUGGAAGUAGUAGUUUUCGAUCUCCUCCUCAGAGAUCUUAUGAUUACGAGAACGGUGGUGUGUCUAGGAGAACUCGGUCUUACGGAGAUGUGACUGAGAUGGGAAGAAGAGACGAGAAGAAAGCUGCUACACCGUUACCUGAAAUGCCCCCGGAGAGGAUAUUCGGGAAGAUGGGACAUCUACAGAGGCUGCUGGACCGGUUCUUGAACUUGAGACCUACCGGUUUAGCUAAGAACAGCAGGAUGGUGCUGAUCGCGUUGUACCCCAUUGUGAGGGAGAGUUUUAAGCUCUACGCUGAUAUCUGCGAGGUGUUAGCUGUUCUGCUCGAUAAGUUUUUCGAUAUGGAGUACACGGAUUGCGUCAAGGCCUUCGAUGCUUACGCUAGUGCGGCUAAACAGAUUGACGAGCUUAUCGCUUUUUAUGAUUGGUGUAAGGAAACGGGCGUGGGGAGAUCUUCUGAGUAUCCGGAAGUUCAGAGGAUUACGAGUAAGUUGUUGGAGACGUUGGAGGAGUUUGUGAGAGAUAGAGCGAAGAGAGGAAAGAGUCCUGAGAGGAAAGAGAUUGAAGCUCCUCUUCCUGAGCUGGUAGCUCAAGAAGAGGAGCCUGAGCCUGAUAUGAAUGAGAUCAAAGCGCUUCCUCCUCCUGAGAGUUACACUCCUCCUCCUGAGCCUGAGCUGGCGAAACCGCAAUACACGGAUGAUUUAGUUAAUCUAAAGGAAAAUGAUGUCACUGGUGAUGACCAAGGGAACAAGUUCGCGCUUGCUCUAUUCGCCGGUCCACCGGGAAGUCAAUGGGAAGCUUUCCCUUCGGAUGGAGUGACUUCAGCUUGGCAGAAUCCUGCGGCUGAGCCAGGGAAAGCGGAUUGGGAACUGGCGUUGGUUGAAACAGCUAGCAACUUAGAGAAACAGACAGCCGCUUUGGGCGGUGGGUUUGAUUCAUUGCUGCUCAACGGAAUGUACGAUCAAGGAGUGGUUAGACAACACGUGAGCACUUCUCAGUUAACCGGUGGAAGUGCGAGCAGCGUGGCUUUGCCUUUACCGGGUAAAGCCAACACUCGAGUACUGGCCUUACCUGCACCAGAUGGGACCGUGGAGAAAGUGAACCAAGACCCGUUCGCGGCUUCGCUAACCAUUCCACCUCCUUCUUACGUGCAAAUGGCUGAGAUGGAGAAGAAGCAGUAUCUGUUGAGUCAAGAGCAGCAGCUUUGGCAGCAAUACCAGCGUGAAGGGAUGAGAGGUCAAGCUAGUUUGGCGAAGAUGAACAUGGGUCCGGUUCCAGGUGGAAUGCCUUACGGAAUGCCACUUGUUCCGCCACCAACGGGGUAUUACUACAACAAUCCUUACUGAUGAUUCAUUCUUUUUUUUUGUUAUUUUGCUCUCUCAGUGUCAUAUAUGUGUAGAUGACUCGUCUUUCACCUUCGAUCUCGUGUGUUUUUUUUAAUUGCAUUCCCUGAUUGUCGUCAAACGAUGAAAUCUCUGUCUCUUACACUUUUUAAUAAUCUUGAUUCCAUCUUGUAUUAACACAUUUUGAUAUCUUAUUUGAUGUUUUUAAGAACA